CAAAUCCCCCAAGAAAAAACCCUAAACCAAGGAAAUACAAGAGAAAAAGCCCAGCCGAAACCAACCCAGCAAAAAGAGGGGAGGAAAAGGGGGAAGCCCCCACAGCCUCUUGCUCUCGAGAGAUGGAACACGACGCCGAGAUGGCGCCGCCGAUCGCCUCCCGCGCGCCCGCCGCUGACGCGGACGACUGGGCGGAGCGCGACGACUUCGAGGAGCCUCCAGUGGAGUCCUACUCGCAACCCCUGGUGGCUGCGGCCCCCGAGGACGACGCUCGAGAGGCGCCCCCAGCUCCUGCGGCCCAGGAUGUCAACCGAAUUCAAUCAGGUCUUCAGUCUCUGGAGCUGCAGGCUAGUGAUGAUGGGGUUCAAAUGGAGUUUGAGGAGCAACGGAAUAGAAAACGGCAUUUGAAUGUUGUGUUUAUAGGCCAUGUUGAUGCAGGCAAGUCCACGGCUGGAGGCCAGAUAUUGUUUUUAAGUGGACAAGUGGACGAACGGACAAUCCAGAAAUACGAGAAGGAAGCAAAGGACAAAAGCAGAGAGAGCUGGUACAUGGCGUACAUUAUGGACACAAAUGAGGAAGAACGGUCAAAGGGGAAGACUAUUGAAGUUGGGAGAGCUCACUUUGAAACCGAAACAACAAGAUUCACAAUUUUGGAUGCACCAGGUCAUAAAAGUUACGUUCCAAACAUGAUAAGUGGUGCUUCUCAAGCCGACAUUGGUGUUCUGGUGAUAUCUGCUCGGAAAGGUGAAUUCGAAACUGGAUAUGAAAGAGGAGGGCAAACUCGUGAACAUGUCCUGCUGGCAAAAACUUUGGGUGUUACUAAGUUGGUUGUGGUCAUAAAUAAGAUGGAUGACCCUACUGUUGAAUGGUCUAAAGACAGAUAUGAUGAAAUAGAAGGCAAGAUGACUCCUUUCCUUAAGUCUUCAGGGUACAAUGUUAAGAAAGAUGUCCACUACUUGCCAAUUUCUGGUCUGUUGGGAACUAAUAUGAAGACUCGCAUGGAUAAAAGCACUUGUAGCUGGUGGAGUGGUCCGUGCUUUUUCGAAGUUCUGGAUAGCAUCGAAGUCCCUUUACGAGAUCCCAAAGGCCCAGUAAGGAUGCCAAUCAUGGAUAAAUAUAAAGAUAUGGGCACCGUGGUGAUGGGCAAAAUAGAGUCAGGGACUAUUAAGGAGGGCGAUAACUUUGUGGUGAUGCCAAAUAAGGCCAAUGUGAAAGCCCUUAGCAUAUACUGUGACGAGGAUAAAGUAAGAAGUGCUGCACCUGGUGAGAAUGUCCGUGUCAAGUUGUCAGGAAUUGAAGAGGAGGACAUCACUUCUGGUUUUGUGCUAUCAAGUGUUACAAAUCCUGUUGGUGCUGUGUCUGAAUUUAAUGCUCAGCUUCAGAUACUGGAGUUACUUGACAAUGCAAUCUUCACUGCUGGCUACAAGGCAGUGUUGCAUAUCCACUCAGUAGUUGAGGAAUGUGAGAUUGUAGAGCUCAUAGAGGAAAUUGACCUCAAGAGGAUGAAAGAAACUGACCCGAAGAAGAAAAAGCCAAAGAGGAAGCCUCUUUUUGUGAAGAAUGGAGCUGUUGUUGUUUGCCGCAUCCAGGUCAAUAACUUGAUAUGUAUCGAGAACUUCUCUGAUUUUCCUCAGCUCGGAAGAUUUACACUCCGGACAGAAGGUAAAACAGUUGCUGUAGGAAAAGUUGUUGCUGUUCCGCCGAGUGGGAGCUCAACAUUUAAAGCUUAAGCCAAUUCUGCGAGGGUAUAUUUAGCACCUGAAAUGUGGGAAUAAAUUUUGACAACGACUUGACGGUUAGGGGUGUUGAAUUGCCACCUUUCGAAGUAUGAGUUAGUAUAUGCAAAAAUACAGAUUGUACAUGUGGUUGCAUGCAUUUUUCGAAUUAUUCUGUACUUACAUUGCUGCAUUUGGUGUCAGGAGGCUAAAUUUUUUUUUGUUUUUUUUGGGGGGGGGGGGGGGUGUGUUAAUCUUUUCGUCCGAGAUUAUAAAUUGUUAUAGCAUGUGUUGGGUGUACGGACCUUCUUGUUUUGCUUUUUUUUUUCUGUGCUAAAAUGUUUUAGGUAGUAAAACCGAUAUGAUCUGUAUCUACUCCCCAGAUCCCUACUUGGUACCUUGACAUUACAAGAUUUCAUGCUUAUUACC